AUGGCUACCACCGUUGCCGCUGUCGCCAUAGACAACGGUUCCGACAAGAGCGACACUCACGAUGAAAAAAGCCCUCGAAAAUCGGUCGAAUCUACCCAGAUGCCUUCUUCGGCGACAACGACUGAGGAAGAUGCAGAUGCCAAUACACCCAAGAUGACACAUGACUCCAUGGUGACCGUCCGCUUGUCUGAGCCGCCCUCUUUGACUCUCGACACAUCUUCAGCCUCUGGUUCGGAGCCACCGUCGAGCCCAGUUGUCAGCCCUCUGUCUGCUGAGCUGGAAAACACCAAGACCUCCGCAAAUAGCACCCAUCCCGAGACUUCCGAAAUGGAGGAUGGACAACCCCCUCGACAUAGUGUCGUCAUCGUCCGGCACUCGACGAAACUACAACGAACCGAUACAACCCGCAGUUUGCAAGACGAACUCGGCCAGUGCGAGGACGAUGCUAGCGAUGUAUCAGAAGACCUGGAAGAGGUUGAUUGGGAGGAACUCGAAAAGACGGAAGAUCAGCAAACGAAAGACGACGAGACGGACAACUCGACGGCACUGCUUCUCGCCCGACUUGAACAGGAAAACGCAAAACUGGCUACGAACCCCAAAACCGUCAAAGUCCAAGCCGCGGAGAGGCUCAUGGCAGCCAAAACCCGGCCGCCUUCCAUGGCGCAGCUGCGCCAAAUGAUGAGCAGCCCGACACUACCCGAACUUCGAUACUCGAUGUUGCCAUCACCUCCCAUGACCGAUCUGGAAUUUUAUGCCGCUCUGGUCAAAGAUUAUCAGCAAACGGCCGCCCGCCUGCCGACAUUACUAUCAAACAAAGUCAGAAAAGGUAUACCGCCGCCACUCCGAGGUGUCGUGUGGAUAAGCAUGUCAGGUUCCAGAGAUGCGCAAUUGGAAGAGCAGUUUGAUCGGUUCAGUGGCGAAUCUAGUCCCUAUGAGCUCAUUAUUGGCAAAGAUCUUGGCCGAAGCUUUCCAGGCGUCGACAUGUUCCGUGACCCUGAAGGUGACGGCCAACGUAUGCUAGGCAAUGUUCUCAAAGCCUUCAGCCUACACGACACAAAAAUCGGAUACUGCCAAGGUUUGGGAUUCCUGGUUGGCCCCCUACUCAUGCACAUGCCUGACAAGCAGGCGUUUUGCGUAUUGGUUCGCCUCAUGGAGCGUUAUGACUUAAGAGCGUGCUUUCUGCCCGAUCUAUCAGGACUGCAUGUACGCAUUUAUCAAUUCCGAGAACUCCUGCGACACAAUUUUCCAGCCCUCUCUGCGCAUUUGGAAGAGCUGCAGGUUGAGACCGCCUAUGUCUCCCAGUGGUUCCUCAGUUUCUUCGCAGUCACAUGCCCGCUCCCCAUGCUGUUCCGCAUCUACGACGUUAUUUUCGCCGAGGGAGCAUCCGAGACCCUCAUGCGCGUUGCUCUCUCGCUGAUGCGGAAGAAUGAAUCUCGCUUGCUGGCUUGCCAGGAGCUCGAGGAUGUAAUGCAGCUAUUGCUAUCCCGCGGCCUGUGGGACUGCUACCACUAUGAUGCAGACGAGUUUGUUCAGGACUUUGCAAGCUUGACCGGCAUCGUCACCCGCGAAAAGUUGGCACAGCUCGAACAAGCCUACCGAGAGUCACUGAUUGCUACAGCCAAUGCUGCUCGCGCAUCUGACAUUACGACGGCUGCUAGCCGAUUCUUGGGGCGCAUUUGGGCAAAUACAAACACCAAGACUGCAACAUUGACUCCCGGUCUUAGUGCGCCCGGCAAACAAUUCAACAUUUUGAGACGAAGCACAUCGAAGCAGAGCCUCGCAUCUACUCUCAACUCAGUCGAAGCGAGCUCUGCCAGCAUUAGCAGCUCUACCUCUACAGACGCAACUAGCGUGUCACGAGACUCUGCCAAUCCCGACGAGGAGGCCUCUAGUCGAGAAUCUACACCGGUGGGACCAAAAGCAGCAGCACGCUCCAAAACAACAGAAGACCGAUACCUGCACAGCCAGAUUGAAGACCUCUUGACCGCUCUUACUGAGCUGCAACGCAGCAAUGCGCUUGUCACGAACCAGUUACAGCGUGAACGUGAGGAACGUGACGAAGAUCGUAAAGCCGUCCGCUCUUUACUUGAUGGCCUGCGAAGGCGAGCAGGCACUUCGGAGUCGGAGGAUGCAGAAGUUGUUGCUCGAAGUCUUCGUGAUUCGGCUAUUGCUGAAGACAUUGAAGACGAGGAGUAUGACGCAGCCGAGGAGAGCGACGACACAGCUACUGCUGACGAUAGGAGUAUAAAGGAAGUUGCUUCUGUGACUGAUACAGACGAUAACGACGCAAGGACACCAAUAGCAGACGAGUCGCACGGGCAUUUUGGGCAUGAAGAGACUCUAGCGGUACUUGAAGAACCCGCUGAGCCGCCAUCGACGGAAGAUCUGUCGGUUCUCUUGGACCGAGUAGAAUCGAGAUUUGCGCCAGAUAACAAGAUAAUGAAGCACCGAUCAUCGAUGCUCUUGACCAAGUCUCAGCUGCGAGAAGAGCUGUCUCAGGCAAAAGCAGAACUGAGUGCUGUCACAGCGCAAUGUCAAGAUCUCAAUCGGCGCAUAUAUGAUAUGGACCAAGAAAUGGCUGCGACAAAAAAUCAGCUAAAGGACCGCCAUAGCCAUGUGCGAACGCUUCAUCAAGAAAAGCAAAAAUUGGAAAAGCAGCUACAUAGUCUCCGGACUACGCGAGCAUCAGCAAACCCGUCAUAUGAUGCGGGAACGAAAGAUGCAGAUCCGGACUGGGCAGCAGCGGCGAAGGGGGUGAACGGAACGGGCUUGCGAGAUUUUAAGCUUGGACGUAGCAGAUCUACGCCGUCAAAUCAGGACAGCCUAUAUAACAAGCGCAUGUCGUCGCUGCAACGGCCUGGCGCAAUGCCGACUGAAUCACCGCCGAGCGAACAUGAGGCAUUGCUGCUGGAACUUGUGCAGGCCAAGACGGGUGAGGCGACUGCGAAGCAGGAAGCAGAGGAGGCGAAACAGAAGCUUGAGGCUCUGCGCAAAGCAACAGGGCUUGCGCCCGGCGACUCCCCAUCAUCAUCGGCGGCAGUGGGAGCCAUGGGCAUGUUUGGGCGACUUACGGGGCAAGGUCCGGCAGCAACAGCAACACCAGAGCCGGCGGUGAAAUUACCAUCCUCGGCCUCGGCCAACUCGGCGGCUAGCGGUGGGUUUUGGGGGUGGCGGAAAUGA